AAACAGGCUCUAUAUGUGUGAACAGAACUUAAUAUUGGUCAUCACCAAUUGCAUUGAAGAGAAGCAGAAAUUGCUUUGUGGGCUUCUCUCUUGCAUCUCAUUACCUGUUAUAUAAGUGAAAAGAAUUUAGGAGAAGUAAAAUCAUCUUUAGUAAUGAUCAGAGCAACGGGAUUGCUGCAGAGUUGGGGGGGUCUCUGGACCAGCCUUGCUAGUUUCAUAUUCAUGUGGGAUAUGAUCCAUCGAUACUGUCCUCCUGAGCUUGUGCGAGCGUUAGAUAAGUGGACCCGAAGAAUCAGGAGCUUUUUCUACCCUUAUAUUCAGAUUUCCAUCAGUGAAUUCAUGAGCAACAAUCUCAAGCCCCAUGAUGCCUAUGCAGCAGUCGAGGCGUAUCUCAGUGUCCAUUUAGCAAAAGACGCAAAGAGGCUCAGAGCUGAAACGGUGAACGGUGGGAGCAAGCUGGUGCUAAGCAUGGAUGAGCAUGAGAGAGUAACUGACGAGUUUCGUGGAGCGAAAAUACAGUGGAUUUCUGGCAAGGCUGUGCAACGUGAAAGCAAGUACUUGCCAGAACUAGAAAGAAAAUAUUACAAGCUGAUGUUCCACAAGAAACAUCGUGAUAUGGUAACCGAUACUUACUUGGAGCUAGUGAUCAAGAGAGGGAAAGAGAUUCAGAUGAGAAACAGGAAGAGAAAGCUCUACACAAAUGGGCACAGCAAGACCACGUGGAACCAUAUCAUAUUUGAGCACCCUGCAACAUUUGGUAGCCUGGCAAUGGAGGCAGAGAAGAAGCAAGACAUUGUGGAUGAUCUCCUCAUGUUUAGAGAGAGCAAGGAUUUCUAUGCCAGGAUUGGCAAGGCGUGGAAGCGGGGUUAUCUACUAUAUGGUCCCCCAGGUACUGGGAAGUCGACUAUGAUUGCUGCAAUGGCAAAUUUAUUGGAUUAUGACGUCUAUGAUCUUGAGCUGACAUCUGUCCGGGACAACACGGAAUUGAGAAGGCUCUUAGCUGAAACGUCAAGUAAAUCUAUUAUAGUGAUUGAAGACAUUGAUUGCUCACUUGAUCUAACAGGUCAAAGGAAGAAGAAACAGGAGAAACCUCUAGAAGAGAAGACUUCUAAGACCAAGAAAGAAGUUCCUCGCAAGGACAACGAAGAGAGUGGAAGUAGAGUCACUCUCUCCGGGCUUCUGAACUUCAUUGACGGUCUUUGGUCUGCAUGCAGUGGAGAGCGUAUAAUUGUCUUUACAACAAAUUAUCUGGAUAAGUUGGAUCCAGCUCUUACGAGAAGGGGAAGAAUGGAUAAGCACAUUGAGCUCUCCUACUGUAGUUUUGAGGGAUUCAAGGUGCUUGCAAAGAAUUACCUGCGCUUGGAGGAACAUCCCUUGUUUGAAUCAAUUGAAAUGCUAAUGAAGGACACAAAGAUAAUACCUGCUGAUGUUGCAGAGAACCUGAUGCCCAGCUCGCCGAAAGAAGACGCAGAGAAAUGCCUUCUGAAGCUGGUUGAAGCUCUCAAACAGGCAAAAGAACUGAUGAUAAAGAAAGGCAAGGAGGAAUCAGCAGACAAAGAACUGCCUGAAAUGAAAGAAGCUGCAGAUGUGUUGCAGGACAAGGAAGAAUUUGUAGACAAAAUUUAGAUGGUUUUUGCACAAUUAACUGUUGUUCACACAAAAAGGAAGAGUUUGAGACCAUUCGUAUGUGUUUUAUACUAGUUGAAUCUUGCAAGAUCAUCAAACUAUUUUUAUGUGGCUAGGAGUUGAUUUCAAACAUAAAACUAGACGCUAUUUUCAUGUGACAGCUAGACCACAUAUAUAAUAUAAUCAGUC